AUGAGCGAGGCAAGCGCGGUAGUUGAGCUUCUACCGCGCAUUGCUACGAUGCCAACGCGUGGGAAUGCGGAUACAUACCGCAUGACCCCGGAACGUGCACGCGAGGUACGUGAGCGCCUGUGCCACGAGCUACUGUCGGUCGUGCCGGUGUCGUACUUGUUCCCAGCGUCCGUCGUGCCGAGUGUGCCUGAGGCGUACGCGCUGCUAGACAAGUACGACUGGCAUAUUAGCCAGGCGCAGCAACGUGCAGAUGCACUAGCAAACAUGCAGGACAGUGCCUCGGAGCCUCUGCAGCCGGAAUACUCAAAAAACCGCCGUGGUAUGGCCUGCGGUCACGUAUUCCGCAAGGGUGAGCCCAUCUUCCGGUGCCAUGACUGCUCGUAUGAUGACACAUGUGUACAGUGUGCUAUGUGCUAUCGGCAUUCGAUCCACGCGCUCGAGAAUCACGACGUGGUGUUUUCGGUGGCCGACGACGGCGACGCUUGCUGUGAUUGUGGUGACGAUGAGGCAUGGCAUAGCGACUUGGGAUGCGAAUUUCACAGUCUACAUCCAUGGAAUGAAAGGGAUCAGGAAGCUUCUACAGCGUCGAACCAUGCCUCAUCGGAGCAGACGCUCGACGACAUCAUGGCCGCCGUGCCCGACAGUGUUCGCCACGCACUCAGCGAGUUUUGUGCGAUGCUCAUGGCAUUCCUACUCGAGACACUGCUCCACGCACCUAAGCAAACCCAGAUUGUGAUAGGGCCAGAUGUUGUGGACAGUAUUAAGCGGCAGCCCACGUACGAAUCCGCCUUCCCAGCCAAAGGCAAGGCGCGGCUGGACGGUGAUGACGGGCAGGAGUCACCACCUUUGUUUGUCGCCUUGCUCUGGAAUGACGAGAAACACAGUUUCAAUGAGGUGUCUGACAAAAUUCUCGAGGUCUGCUCGUCCCUGACGCCCAAAGAUGCGCGGCACUUUGCUGAAAUGGUCGAUCGGCAGGGCCGACAAGUCGUGUCUAUGUCGGAGGACGUGCGUCGACUCGUUAUCAUGGCACGGCGUAUCGGUGUGAUCUACCUGCUCGUUACAGUACAGCAUGCAUUUGACUAUUUCGUCGAAGAAGUGGCUGGAUGUGUAUUGUCGUUCAUCGCUGAAUUGGCAAGCGCGUCCUUAUACAACACAUCGGGCCCGUCGCCCAACGGCCGCGCGAUCAAGGCACUCAUCACAUCCACAUUCAUGCGCCCAUGGCAUGUGGCCGAGUGGACCGAGGCCCCCGCAACGAUGCGCCGCGAUCUUUUUGACCCGUCGCAUCUUUGCAUGCUUGAUACGCUGCUGCUUCUCGAUACCAAAAUGUGGAAAGGCGCUCGACUUCAAAUGCGCCACCUUAUUCUCGACUUGCUGGCGUGUCGUGAGGCGAAGCGCCAAAUCGCCCUGCAGUUUUCCGUCGUGUAUCCGCGCCUGAUCGAGACGUUCAUCUUGCACGACCGUGAGCCGGAGCACUCCGUGUACCACAUGGCUGUGCAGCUCUUUAGUGUACCGAGUAUUGCCUCUCAGCUCGUGAUAGAGCGCCGCAUGCUUGUCGUGCAGCUGUACAUUCUCCAAGCGCUCUUCGCGAACGACCAUGACUCGCGCAUCACGUCGCUCGUACUGCCAUCGCCGCCUCCAUCGCACGGCCAGGCCAAUCCAGAUACCGCCUUGCUGCGCCAGCAGAAGUGCUAUCAUGUCUUCUACGAUAUCCGAUACCUCCUGAGUCCCCAGGCUGUGCAGCUCGACAUUGUGAAGCAUGCCGAGACGUACAUGGGCAUGUGGCUCGAAUUUUUUGCCAUGUUCCAUGGCAUCGCUCCCGAGAAACGAGCGGUGCAUGCACAUGUCGAGUUUGAGAGCGAGAUGUGGAUUCAAGUGUUCCAUAUCAAUUCGCACCUUGGCCGUAUUGCCAAGCUGUUGGGCGAGGCGCUUGCAUCGGCCUCGGAGGCACGUCUGUGUGAGAUCUUGGCCUUUAUCGGCACUACGAUGCUCCGGCACAUGGCGCGUCUGAGUGCGCUGAAUCCCCAGGUGCACCCAGCCAAUGACAUGCAUAUCGUGACGUUUGGUGAGUGCCAGGAGCUUGUCCACGCAUACGACGUGGCAUCGCAGCCUGUCAGUUUCCACCACCCCAUGCACUGGCUCCUUGCCGAGGCGAUGAAACACAUGCACGUGCUGACGGAGGCACAUCCAUUGCGCGAUGCACUCAGUGAAGACGACAUGCUCAGACUCGUGGAGCAUCCCGUGCGCGUGGCCGUCAAGCUGGCUCAAAUUCGCUGCAAUGUUUGGGUCCGUAACGGAUUUGCCAUUCGGUCGCAAGCAUACCACUACCGCGACUCGAUGUGGAUGCGUGACAUUAUGUACGACCAGGAUCUGUUCCUCCAGCAGUGUGGCCUGGCCCUCAUUUCGCCCGAGCGCUUCCUCCUCACGCUCAUGGAUCGCUUCCAAUUGCUCCGCUUUUUGUCCGAGGAGUCCGAGGAUCACCCCGUGUAUGAUCCGCACCAGCUGGUCUUUAUGGCCGAAGAACUGUUCCUUCUCUUGACCGUGCUCUUGAACGAGAUCAGCGUCCCAGCGCGCUGGCCCAUCGAGGCACAGGUUCGUCAUGAGCUCAUCCACUACCUGGCUCUUGGCCCGUGCACGUAUUCGGACCUGACCAAGCAAAUUCCCGAACGCUUGACGGACCACGGCUGCUUUGAUCGCGAGCUGGCUCAUGUGGCGCUCUUUCGCAAGCCUGAUGGAAGUGCAGAUCACGGACUGUAUGAGCUUCGCUCUGCCUUCCUCGCCGACGUGCAGCCGUUCUUCCACCAUUACUCCCGCAAUCAGCGCGAGCAAGCUGAAGAGAUGCUGGCUGAAAAGAGGAAGCAGGGCUGCACACUGCCACUAUACCCGUCAAGUCAAUUGCAUGUGUUGGCUAACACGCCUUUCCGCACAUUGGCCGAUGUGUUUACGUGCGGCGUGCUGGUGGACAUGCUGUUCCAUGCUCUGCACUAUGCCUCGUCCAAGCCUGAGCCACCGGACACGCUUAUGAAUGUCGUUCUACACCUCGUGGCGCAGGGUCUUGAAGAGAGGGGCGAAGCAUUCGUCGAUGCGCUCCGAUCUCCGGGACGUCACGUCGAUGACCACAAUGACGCGUCGCUGCUCUCACUGCUGCUCGGCAUCUCCGACAAGGCACAGACCGCCGCGUACAAACCAAAAAUCACGUAUAUUCUCGAAAAAGCAGCGGUUUGGGCGCCUGAAGCUGCUGAACUCAUGAACCACGUGAAAAAGCCCACCGAAGCCGCCUCGACCGAUCGAGAUGCGCGCCGUAAAGCGGCUCGCGCGCGUCAGGAAGUGAUCCUGCAAAAGUUUUCCGCGCAGCAACAGAGUCUUCUUGCCAACCUCGAAGAAGAGCUCGGCUCCGACGACGAAGUCGACGAGGAGAACAGUUUCGGUACGUGCAUCUUGUGCCAGGAGCAUCUGGAUCACACGAGGACCUUUGGCACGCUCGUGCAUGUCCAGACCAGUCGACUUGUUCGCACGUCGGUCCCCCGCGACGCGGCUGCGCUGAGCGACGUGCUUGCGACGCCUCUCAAUCUCGAUCGACUUGCCGAAGGCGUCCAUGACCAGCGCAUGCGCGGUCGCUACGAGCGCAUGGAUCAGCAGCGUGGACCGCUGCAGCUCGGAUACCCUGCCGAGGCGCACGAGACGGGCCUGGUGGCCGUGUCAUGUGGCCACAGCAUGCACGUCGCCUGCUUCCACACAUACCUGCAAAGCACAGAGCAGCGUCAUGCGAUGCAAGUGGCGCGGAAUCACCCUGAAGACCUCUCGCGCUUUGAGUAUGUGUGCCCUCUGUGCAAGUCGCUCGGCAACAUGCUUCUCCCGCAGCCUGGGGUCAGUGGCCUGAGCUCCAGCGCCGACUUUCAUGCUGAUGGCGCACGAUUCGGCAGCAUCACACCAUCUGAGACCCCCUUGUCUGAGUGGGUGCGCACCGCGAACAUUGCCAUUCUCAAGGACACGCCGGCCGAUACGACCGUCUACUCUGACUAUCAGGAUAUGUCCCACGGCUCGGGGUGCUUCUUGCCGUGGCUCGUGAUGGGCUCGCUCCAGCCACACAAUCCAGACCUCGGCGUCGAUUUUUAUGCUGCGGACGAGUGCCAUAUGCUUCAGCGCUACGUAAAUGUCGUGCAGCUCCUUGCGUCCGAAACCGUCGAGCCUCGCAUGCAAGAUCGCUCCGCCACGGUGCUUGACGCCCUCGGCCCUUCCCAUACCGCAUUGUACGUGCCCGAUUCACUCGUGGCCUACACACUCGCUCAGCUCGAGAUUUCACAACGUGGAACACCUCAAAGUGUCGCACACAGUCUGUCGCCGACGCAAGUAUGCCUGGUCCAAAUGCUACUCGAGUCAUUGGGCGCGAUGGCCAAACUGAGCACGGCGGGUCAUGAAGAGGGUAGCGGUGUCAGUUCUCUGCGCCAUGCACUGUACAAGCGCCUCUUGCCGCACUGGGCGAGCGAGCCAUCCGUGCGACGACCUCUCCUCCUUCGCAAUCUGCUUGGCGUGCUCGUCGAAGCAGCUGUGCUGGUGCCAGACGAGCUACGUCAAAUCACGGCGCUGCUGUAUUAUGCCCACCUGGUGCAGUGUGUCUUUGGCCUCGCACAACCCAUGAUGACCCCGGCCAAAAGUGCGUGCAAAUCGAAGGAACAGGAUCUGGACGCCGCAUUGCGCAUCUUCCCCCACGCUCGGUGGCUCGUUACGAGUAUCGUGAGUCUCGUUGGCUACGUCCGCGGCAACAUGACGUUAGGCUUUGACCACCUUAGCGAUGCAGAGCUCGCCAAGGCACUGUGCAUGUAUACGCUGCCGUUCCUUCGCCGUGCCGCCAUGCUGCUGCGUGUCGUUUUAGGCGAACAUGCCGUCACAGGUGUGGAUGCCGCUACAGAAUACGAGUCGCUCCUUGCGUCUCUACACAUCCCUUCGCCUGCCGAGGCCUUGCCUGGCCACGCACAAACCAAUGAGCUCCUUACCAUGUUGAUGGAGGGCUGGACCAAGCAUGCUUACACCGAAUUGGCGCCCUUGUUCCGGCCGCUGCCGAUCCAGCCAACGCCUUCCAGCAACGUCUGCAAUCUGCUGCUCGAGCAUCCACACAUCUAUGAGCUACUGCCAUUGCCGAAUGACCUAACAUUCUUGCUCCAGCAGACGCAUGAGUGCACGUGUCGACGAUGCGGUACACUCCCUCCGACCUUUUCGCUAUGUCUGUUCUGUGGAGAAGUUUUGUGCGAGCAGUCGUACUGCUGCAGUGACCCAGAGGAUGAGUCGCAUGGCGAGUGUCAUCAGCACAUGGAACACUGCGGUGGCCCAGUCGGUCUGCACUUCCGCGUUAGCAGCAACAUGGUCGUCAUCUUGUACCAAGACAAUGGCACGUUCUCGUCAUCGCCCUACUUGAACUCCCACGGCGAAGUCGACAGAUAUCUUCUCAAGUCGCGUCCACAGCGCUUGCAUCCCCAGCGCUACGAUGAGCUCCGGAAGCAGUGGCUCACACACGGACUUGCCAACGUUGUGACGCGUCGCAUCGAAUCCACCAUGGAUCCUGGCGGAUGGAUCACCUUUUGA